CUUCUAUUGUCAAAAGCUUCAGUAAAACAUAAAUCUUUAUUAAAAUUCUUCUAUUAUUCAGAGACAGCUGGACUAAUUCUGAACUCAGGAUCUUUAAGUCUGAAACGAUGAGCCAUUCAGACAGUGGCAAUGUGGGGGAAGAUGAAGUUUUUGAACCUCAACAUGAACAAGUAAACAGAGGGUCAAAGGUCACCACAAAAAUAGGGGCGGUGGUGGUUGUCUGUGUUCUCCUGGCAACUGCUGUCUUUUUGACGUUCUGCUUCUUAACACAACCUUGCAGCACAAUAAAGCCUACAACCACAACCUCACAACCUCCUGAAGUAAACAUGAAUGAACCAUGUUAUAAAUGUGAGGAUGACUGGAAGGAACAUGGAGGAAAUUUCUAUUACUUCUCCACCAAUUCAUCCUCCUGGAAUGAGAGCAGAACUGUAUGUAAAAGUAAGGGAGGAGACCUGGUUAAGAUAGACAGUGAAGAAGAGCAGAAUUUCUUGAGGAAAAAUGUUCAACAACAAAAGGAGAUACAUGACAUCCCUUUCUGGAUCGGACUGACAAACUUAGCAGAAGAGGGCAGAUGGCCAUAUAGCCAGUUGCUUAAAGAAGGCUCAGCAGCGGCUGGAUUCCUCCAUGUCCUGAGGAAGAAUAACCUGGACCAGAAGCUGCUGGCCUUCAACUGCUCCUCUGUGGAGCGCAUGCUCUCCUACUGCCUGGGUGUUUGGUACUCAGGGGCCACUACUGAGAACAGGAAGGCUGCGCUGAGGGUAAUUAGCACCGCCAUCACCAGAUCCUUCUGUCACAGGAAAACCAGAGCCAUCACAGGUGACUCCUUGCAAUCUGCCCACCACCUGUUUGACCCGCUGCCCUGUGGUCGGUGCCUCAGGUAA